AUGAGAUUGAUUUGGAAAGGCUGGCCAAUCGAGCUGUCGGAGCGACUUGCUGCCCAGGCUGACUGGGAGCGACGACGCUGGCGAACUGCUAUCGUGGCGCUCGAAUCAACCGUGGUUACCCACGGCUUGCCAUACCCGCAGAACUUAGAGCUCGUCGACCAGAUCCAGACGAAUAUUCGUCAAAAGGGUGCACAGCCGGCACUCCUGGCCAUCAUUGACGGGGUCAUUACCGUAGAUCCCGACUCAGCGGUCAGUCAGCGUUUAGCUGAACAGGGAGCUCGGGUCUUUCGCAAGUGCAACCUACGCGACCUGAGUCUGGCGGUUGCCGAGCGUUGGAACGGUUCUCUAACAGUCUCGGCAGUGAUGGAAGUCGCACACGGCCUUGGUUUCCGGGUGUUUGUGACCGGCGGCAUCGGUGGCGUCCACCGUGACUUUACACAGAACCACGACGCCUCCGCAGACCUGACUGCACUUGCUCGAAUCCCGGUAUGCGUUGUCUGCGCGGGCGUGAAAAGCGUUCUUGACAUUGGAGCUACCCUAGAACGCCUUGAGACAGAUGCAGUGCCCGCCAUAGUCUUCAACUCGUCGGAGUUUCCUGCGUUCUGGUGCCGACGCUCCGGGUAUGCAGCACCAGCGCGCCUCGAUACCGUGGAACAGGUCGCGACAGUGCUUCGGUUGCACCUGCUACCGCUGCUCUCAUCGGCUAGAGUAGACCAUGAUGGCGAGUGCACCAACGCAGAAAGACUACCGUGCGGUAUGCUGGUAGCUGUGCCGAUCCCUGCUGAGGCGGAAUGCUCGGAAUCCGAGACCGCUAUUCAGCAAGCGCUGGCGGAGGCGACCCAGAGAGGCAUUCGCGGCAAAGCGUUGACACCGUUCCUGCUCGAGCGGGUCGCAGCGCUCACCCAAGGAGCCUCAGUGCGUGCGAACAUGGCCCUGCUGCUUCAUAAUGCGUCCUUUGGGGCGGCGCUCGCCUCUGUCAUGCACCACAGCUGUCACGGGUUGCCGCUGGGCAGUGCCCUUCGACGAUACCAGCACCAGCAGCACCAGCACCAUCAGUUAUCGUAUGCAUCGAUCACGGGAUCGCGACACACAAUCGACGAAGCGCUCAAUGGGUGCCCGUCCGAUGAUCCCGAGCAGCGCCUCCUUGCCAGGAACGGCCCCGUACACGACGACAGCUCCGCAUCCUUGGAGCCGGCACUGGAUGCGGACGCAGCGCAACCUGAGCUAGCGCAGCACCCGAAGCAGCGCCUGACUGCGGAUUGUGGGGCAAGUGCACCGCUCCGCUGGCUCCCGGUGACGGUGCUGGGUCACUGGACACUCGAUAUUUACGCUUUCGCCAGCAGCAAUGUGCCAUUUUCCUCAAAUCUUACUGCGGUACCUGCAUCUUAUCCUGGUGUGAUCCGCAGCGCCUACGGUGGUGUCGGUUACAAUAUCGCCUUGACUCUGAGCUACCUCGCAGGCGGCGGCGCCAGCCCGUACUUCACGGCCUCUGAGGUGAUGAGGGAUGCACACUUGGGACGACUUGCCGAGUCAUCACUCACUAUGGCGAACGAACGACGCCUAGGCACGUUCUGGUCGACACGGCACCCUGCGGCAACGUACGUGGCCGUCCACAACGAAGCACGCGACCUGCUCUUCGCCGUCUUUGACGGAGCCGAUAUCACGCCCGCGAUGCUUGGUCACGUGAACUCGUCUCGCCCGAUUGUUUGGGAUGCCAACCUGACCCCGGCAGCAAUGGCUGCACUACCACGAGCAAGCAGUUUCUGGUAUGAGCCCACGUCACCGGCCAAGGCAGGACGUAUUGUCGCUGCGCAGCGGCUCGAGGCGCUGCCGUGGAUGUCGCCCAACGAACUUGAACUCAUAGCGAUUGCACAGGCUGCUGGAUUCUCGUUCCAGGAAGGUGCCAUCGCGGAUGACGGCUCGAUAUCCGAUGCGCUGAUUACCGCAGCAGCCGCGUACCUGGUGAACACACGGGGCGUUCGGAAUAUCCUGGUCACCCAGGGUGCCCGCGGCGUCACCUGGUUCUAUCCGGAUGCUGGUGCACUAGGUGGCAUCGCAUCCCGCCAUUUCGAUGCGAUUCGUGUAGAAAAGUCUAAUGUUCGUUCAACAACAGGUGCUGGCGAUGUCUUCGCUGCGGCGGUCAUCUUUGCGUUGUGCGGUUGGGGGCCGGCGCCGCCUCUGGCUCCCGCCCAGGCGAUUUCUUUUGGACUCGAGGCGGCAGCGAUCGCUUGUCAGUAUGAGACUGCAGUGCCGCCUGCAGACGCCCUAAGGCCUAUUGUACAGCGAAUGAGGCGCCACCGGCUCUGA